AUGGCUUACGAGCAUCGUCUCGGGGCCUUUUCCCCAACCCCUGGAGCAAAGCUCUUCAAGCUGGCCUUUGUUUUCAUCCUGGCCUGUCUUGCUCAAGCUGAUGACUUCCGCCCUCUCUAUCACUUCGUCCCAGACAAAAACUGGAUGAACGAGCCUAAUGGUCUGAUCAAGAUUGGAUCCAAGUGGCACCUCUUCUUCCAGCACAAUCCCAAUGGUAACUUUUGGGGCGACUUGAGCUGGGGUCACGCCACCAGCACAAACUUGGUCGACUGGACUCAUCUUCCUGUUGCCAUCUCAAGCGCCAAUGGUAUACAGGCUUUCACUGGCACCUCCUUCUUGGAUGAAGCCAACACGUCUGGGCUGGGAACCUCUAGUAACCCACCGUAUCUCGCGUUCUAUACUGGAUACUUCCCCAGCAGUGGUGUGCAAGACCAGCGGCUUGCAUACAGCUUGGAUCAAGGAGAGACCUGGACCAAGUACAGUGGGAACCCCAUUAUCUCGCAAGAGCAAGAGAAACCGCACGAUACCACAGGAGGGUUGGAGAUACGUGACCCGAAAGUGUUCUUCCACAAGGGCUCGAAAACCUGGGUCAUGGUCCUUUCCCACGGAGGACAAAACAAGCUGUCAUUUUGGACGUCUCCUGAUGCAAAGGCCUGGACAUGGAAGAAAGACCUGAAGGCGGGCGACGUCCCUGGGCUUUCAAGUGGCGUCAAAGGUUGGGAGGUGCCCGACUUCUUUGAACUUACCGUCAAGGACACUUCCGACACCAAAUGGGUCCUGUUGGUCACUCCAGCCGAGGGUUCUCCAGCCGGUGGCAACGGAGUUUUUGCAGUCACUGGAUCAUUCGACGGCACCACAUUUUCCGCUGAUGCAGUUGACUCAACCAACAUGUGGCUCGACUUUGGGCGUGAUUGGGACGGCGCUUAUAGUUGGGAGAACGUGCCUUCUUCGGAUGGGCGCAAGAUCCUUGCCUCGGUCAUGAACAGCUAUGGAGUUGACCCACCAACCAACACUUGGAAGGGGAUGCUGUCGUUCCCGCGUACCCUGGAGCUACAGAAUAUCAACAACAAGCUGCGCUUUGUCCAGAAGCCCGUGAAAGAGAUUGACUCAGCCAGUACUUCGCUCGUCAAGUUGACCAACAAAACACUUGAGCCUGGUUCCACACUCCUGUCAGACACUCGUGGAACGGCUUUGGACAUUCAACUCUCUUUUGUUCCCUCCGCCGGGUCUGUUCUAUCUCUGGCAGUCAGAAAGGGAGGCUCGCAGCAGACUCUUAUCAACUACGAUCAGUCCAAGUCGGCUCUCAGUGUCAAUCGCAACCAGAGUGGAAAUACCUCUUUCAACCCGAAUGCAGGUGGUACUCAUACAGCUACCUUCUCGGCUGAUUCUGACGGUACUGUUCAUGUGCGUGUAUUGGUUGACACGUGCUCGGUUGAAGUCUUUGGUGGCUUGGGUGAGGUCGUUAUCUCCGACCUCAUUUUCCCCAGUGAAAGCUCGGAUGGUGUGGCUCUCUUUGCAAGUGGAGGAAAUGUGGUGGUGAAGUCAGCAGAGGUUCGCUCCCUUGCUUGA